UCUGCUUAGUGCUUUAUUUAUCGUAAAAUAUGUCGGAAAGAAAGGUUUUAAACAAAUACUAUCCGCCGGAUUUCGAUCCAUCGAAGAUCCCGCGGGUGAAGCUACCGAAGAACCGGCAGUACACGGUGCGAUUGAUGGCCCCGUUCAACAUGCGCUGUGCCACCUGUGGCGAGUAUAUUUACAAGGGCAAAAAGUUUAACGCUCGCAAGGAGGAUGUGGAAAAUGAGGACUACCUCGGCAUACGGAUUUAUCGCUUCUACAUCAAGUGUACGCGCUGUCUGCAGGAAAUUUCGUUCAAGACGGAUCCGCGGAACACGGACUAUGAGAUUGAGGCGGGGGCCACGCGCAACUUUAUGGCCCUGAAACUGGCCGAAGAGCAGGCACGGCGUGAAGAGGAGGAGGUGCGCGAAGAAGAGGCCAACAAUCCGAUGAAGCUGCUCGAGAACCGUACGCAGCAGUCGCGGAACGAAAUCGAGCUUCUCGAAUCGCUGGAAGAGCUGCGGGAUUUAAACCGGCGUCAGCAGGACAUCGAUUACGACAGCAUGCUGCUGCAGUAUGACCGCACCGAGAGCAUUCGGGAGCGUGAGGAACGCAUGGAGCGACAGGAUGAGGAGUUUAUUAAAUCCGUUAAAUUCCAAAAUAAAACUGGCGUUAAACGGAUAGCGACCGAAGUAAUUGUUGAAGACGUGAAGGAAGAACCGUUAGAUGCAGCUGCUUCGACGAAGGAGGAGAACUCCAAACCAAAUUCUUCGUCCGUUGCCAGUUCGUCUACUUCCGCUGCCUCCAACGCUUUAUCGUUCGCUAGUGCGAAGGCCCGGAAGUUGGAUAACUUUAGUAUCGGUGUGAAGAAAACGGCACUCAGUAAUCUGGUCGUCAAGAAGAAGCCGACCGAGGCGGAGAAGGCAAUGCCACCGCCAAAAGCGCCGCCACCGGCAGCAGUUCCGGCCACAGGAACAGCAUCAGCACCCACAGCCACUACCGGCACUGGAAUCGGCAGUUUGGGGCUCCUCGGAGCAUACUCGGACUCCGAGAGUUCCGAUGAAAAUUGAUAACCCGGCAAAGUUGA